GCGUCCCCGGGCUGCCGUCCCUGCGGCUGGUCGCCCCGGGGAGCGAGGCCCGGGUGGGACGGGAGGCGGGUCCCGCGGGGCCGGGGACCGCGAGGCGCGGCGCGGGGCUGAGAGCGCGCAGCGGCUGCCCCCUCCCGCCCCCUCCCGUCCCGUCCGCUCCCACCGCGACCCUGCGGCGCCCGCGGCCCCGGCGCUCCGGCGACGCUGUCAGCCGCCGCGGGGGCGGCCCGCCCCUGGGCCCCGACGGCCUCUCCGCGCAGCCCGGGCCCCUCACCGGUCUCUAAAGCGCGCUCUGUUUCAUUUCGGAAAUCGAAACUUAGAAUGAUUUGGCCAGUGAGAACCUCCUUAACUCAGUGGGCCUUGAGAACUCUGUCUUGAGCAGUCCACCUUGGUCUAUCAAGGGAAUCAUGGCAGCUGAUGGAGGUAACAAAACACAAGUUCUUAAGGAGCAUGGAGAUGAAAAAUUUUCCAAAGAUGAACAAAAAGAGAGAUUAAUUCAUAAAAUUGUAAAGGAAAAUAGUCAGUUAAAGGAGGAAAUCCAAAAGCUUGAAGCUGAGUUAGAAGAGGCCGCCAGAAACUUCCAGAUUAAAGUGGAUAUUCCCGCAAUACAGAUGAAAUUCACAUCCUCAGAGAAUCCUGAGAAGGACAGCCAGUUUUUUAACACCUCUUGUUUAUUUCAAGUGAGCUCCCAAGUUUUUUAUGAGCUACGAAGAGGACAAGCGCUUAUCACAUUUGAAAAAGAAGAAGUUGCCCAAAAUGUGAUCAGGAUGGGGAAACAUUAUGUACAGAUAGAGGACUUAGAGGUGGAGGUGAUGGCCAACCCCGUUCCAUUAAACUCUGGAGUCAGAUUCCAGGUUCCUGUAGAUGUGUCUAAAAUGAAGAUCAAUGUUACUGAAAUUCCUGAUGAGUUGCCUGAAAAUCAGAUGAGAGACAAGCUAGAACUGAGCUUCACUAAGUCCCAAAACGGAGGUGGACAAGUGGAGUGUGUGGAGUAUGACAAGCAGUCCCGGAGCGCCGUCAUCACAUUUGUGGAAAUGGGAGUUGCUGACAAGAUUUUGAAAAAGAAAGACUAUCCUCUUUAUAUAAAUCAACACUGCCAUAGAGUCACUGUUUCUCCAUACGUAGAAACGCACUUGAGAAAUUUUCAGGUAUUUUCAGGAAUAUCUGAGAGGACAGUGCUUCUGACUGGAAUGGAAGACCUUCAGAUGAUGGAUGAAGAGAUUGUAGAGGAUUUACUUAACAUUCACUUUCAACGAGAGAAGAAUGGAGGUGGAGAAGUAGAUGUAGUCAAAUGUUCUCUAGGUGAAGCCCACAUAGCAUACUUUGAAGAAGAGGCUCAUGGAAUCAUAUGAAAAUUAGAGCUACUGGGUCCAAAUCAUUAUCAGUGUUUGACAAAAAUAAGUAUCUGUUUUCCUGAAAAAAAAAUGACACUUAAAAAUUUUUUAGUGUCCAUUUAUUCUUAGAUACAAAAUAAAUUUCCAUGUCUUUGAAUUUUUUUGUUUCAAACUGUGCUGCAUGUUUAUAAAUCUAAUAAGUGCACUGUAUUAAGAACAAUUUUGUUCAUAAAUUAUGUGGAUUGGUGCCACGUCCACUGAAAUCAAGCAUAAAUGAUCCAAAUGUA